CGCAUUUCACAGCUCACAGCAGGGCACCAUCGUCUGCCGCUCUUGCCGUGCGGAGUGCCGACGCGACGGCAAACCGUCGUCGCGAGGGUCACUCCCUCGGCCUCUCGCCGACCGCCACGUGCCAUCGGAUCCGAUCCGAUCCGGCCAAACCGAACUUUGCUAAAACAAGCAAAAGCUGCGCACUCUCUCGUCACCCCGCGCCCGACCGGUGGACCCGCCCCCACAUCCCCGGACCCCCGCCGGCGCCGUCCGCGAUGCUCCGCGCCGCCAUCUCGCGCCUCGGCGCCCGCCUGCACCGCCAGCCCUCCCCGGCGACCCCUCCCCUCCGCGCCCUCUCCACCGGCCGGGGCAAGCGCUCGUCCCCCACCGCGCCGCCCCCCGAGCCCGAGGACGAGGGCCUCAUGCGCGGCCUCUUCGUGCUCUCCCGCGACCCCGCGCACCCGCCGCGCCUGCUCGUGGUGCAGCCGCGCCUCCGCCGUGGCGCCCUCCUCGACUCCAAGCUCUCCGAGGCGCUCAACCUCGCCAGUUCCCUCGAGGAGUCCCGCGACGGCUUCGAGCACGCCGAGUCCGCCGCCAAGGGCGCGCCGCCGCACCUCGUCGUCCAGAACCCCGCCUCCCGCGGCCGCAACCAUGCCGAUACGUAUUUUGGACCUGGAACUGUGGAUAAUAUCAAGUGUUACCUGAGGGCAUUGGACGAAAAGGAAGAAUUAGAUGCAGUUUUUGUUAAUACGCUCCUCUCUGGGGUCCAACAGAGGAACUUGGAGGUUGCCUGGGGAAAACCAGUUUUAGAUCGUGUGGGCCUUAUAAUUGAGAUAUUCAAUGCUCAUGCUGAAACAAAGGAAGCAAAGCUACAGUCAGAAUUAGCAGCUCUCAUGUACAUGAAGACUAGGCUUGUCCGUGUCCGCGGCCCAGGUGGAAAACUAGCUUUUGGUGCAAGUGGGGAAGCUGAAGUUGUCAGUGCUCGAGGGAGAGGAAGUGGCGGACGGGGUUUCAUGAGUGGAGCUGGUGAAACGGAACUUCAACUACAACGCAGGAGAAUCCAAGAACGUCGUCUAAGCUUGUUAGCUCAAAUUGAAGACGUACGCCGAACUAGGGCGAUACAGCGUUCGAGUCGAAAGAAGCAUGGUGGCUCAUUUGGUCAAGACCUUGUAACUGUGGCAGUCGUCGGAUAUACAAAUGCUGGAAAAUCUACUCUAGUGAAUGCACUUUCUGGAGCUGGUCUAUACAGUGAUGAUAGUUUAGAAGAAGAAGAAUCUUCAAGGACAACAGUGGCGUAAAUGGUUAUGUGCUCCUACUCCACUUUAUGAGUUUUUGUAAACUGCCAAAUGACAAUUUACUGAAGAUGCAGAGAAGAUGCUAGUAGUAUCUCUCACAAGUUAACUUAAUCUUGGAAAGUUCACUUUAUGUGCUCACAUUCGAUCGCGUGUAAUAGUUCUACGAAGGUAAUCUUGUAGAGAAUAGGCUUAACAACCCUGCUUUUAUACAAAGUUUAAUUUUAUGCUCAAUAGACCAGCAACAUGACUCUACUUAUGUAUGUUGUGUAAUUAAUUAAUCCAGAGUAAGAAUCUUGGAAAGUUGGAAGGCAUAUCUGCAUGAAGAAAAACUACAAGUGAAUGCCCACCAUUUUGAAAGAUUUUCCUCCUGUGGGUGCUCUAACAGCUCAAAAAAAAGUGAUGACAUAUUAAAUUCCUGAAUAAUGUUCUUUUAUCUUGAGGAAAUUACAUAAUCAAUGUUAGUCCCCACCUAAAGGGGAAGUACUAUGGGGUAAACAUUUAGCCAAAUGCAAAUCAGAGCCGACCUGAAUGUUGUUGCUUCAGACUUCAGAGUUGCAGCAUUGUUUACAUCUUUGACAUAGGAUAAAUGAUUAUAGAUGCAGAGCCUUAAUCAUCAUCCAACCACUUAUCCAUCAUUCCUUAUAGCGUUAUAAUCUACUGCAAUUUGAUCUAGAUGCAGAGAAGAUGCUAGUACUAUCUCUCACAAGCAAUUUGAUCUAGAUGCAGAGAAGAUGCUAGUAGUAUCUCUCACAAGUUAAUUAGAACAACUAACAGUAAAUCGACAGCAACAGUAGAUUAGAAAUUGCUUCUACUCUAGGUGAGGAUAAGAAAUUAUCCAAAUAUUCAGUUAACUUCUGUUAACAUUCAGUUCACUUAUGAACUUUGGACAUUGAGGGACACAUUCAGUUAACUUCUGUGUUAACUGAAUCUUUUUUGCAACAUUUCUGCAGAGUACAUGAUGCAUCUUUGGUGUUUUUACAUCAGAACAGAAAUGUGAUUUUAAUGCUAAUGCAUCUUUGUACAGCCUUUGUCCUAGAUUAUUUCUCUAGCUUUGUAUCCACUGACUGAAUUUCAUCCACAGCUUGAGAACCAGAGUAAACUACUGUACUGAGAACAGCAAAUUUGGCAGCAAAUUGAACAGCAGCAGCAGCAGAGGCGGGCGGGGCAGGCUCACUAGCACAGGCGGGAGUGGCAGCAGAGGCGAAGCAGGGGAAAACGCAAAGACAGCAUCAGAGGUCCACAGCGUCGGCGUUGCCCACCAGUAGCAGCAUCAGAGGCAGGAGUGGCCAGAAUUGUCCACGGUGCCGGCGGCUGAAGCAGACAAAAUCGGAGGUGCAGGUGGGCGGCGAGCUUCAACGGGGCCGACGGCGUAGCUCGAGGCGGGCGCCGGCGCAGGUCGCCUUCAUGGCGGGCGGUGCAGGUGGGAAGCCGCAGCGCGGGUCCAAGCGGGCGGCGGCGCUGUUGUUGGCCAUGCACUGGGACGCGGCGCUGGUGUUGGUCACGGCGCAUGUCCAGGUGGGCGGCGGCGCCCUGGUGGAUGGGUAGCCGGCGAUGGCUGCAAGGCGCGGGCGACGGGGGAGGAGGAAGGAAGGACAUGGAGUUAUUCGUGACGUGUUUAAAACUCUUGAGGUUUUUUUUUUGAAAAAAAGCAAAUACACUGCCCCGUGGACAACUUUUCUCGGACAGAGGGAGUAUUAUAGAAGAAAAUGUUGUAUUGAA